AAAGCAGAGGCUGACCUUGAACCUUGAACUCUGGAUCUUCCUGUCCCACCGUUGGAAGGCUGGGAUAUAUUUCAUCUCCGGACCCAGAAUUUAACUCCCUUAGAAUAAUCUCCUUUUUCUUUCUUUUCUCCCUCCUUCCCUCCCCCCUCCUUUUCUUUCCUUUCGUUUGCUUUUUUUGAGACAGGAUUUGUCUGUGUAGUACUGGCUUCUCGGGAACUUUCUUUGUAGACCAGGCUGGCCUCGAACUGCCUCGUGUCUUCCGAGGGCUUGAAUUAACGGCAUGUGCCCACCACUGCCCGGAUAAGAUCCACUUUCCCUGGAAAGUAGCCAUUGUCUCAAGCGGCUAGUCCUUCCUCGGCUUCGCUCGAUUUUUAAGGAAGCCGCCCGGAGCCCGUCCUGGCCCCGCCCAUUCCCAUCAUGCACCUCGCAGUUUCAUUAGGUGGCAGUUGAACUACGUGCCACAGUGCGGCGCGCGUUCCCGGGUGCGCACGCUCAGAGUGCAUCCUCUGUUUCUGGUGGCGGCGGCGAGCGGAAGUCCUUGGGAGCGCCAGUUCCGUCUGUGUGUUCGAGUGGACAAAAUGGCGAAGAUCGCCAAGACUCACGAAGAUAUAGAAGCACAGAUUCGAGAAAUUCAAGGCAAGAAGGCAGCUCUUGAUGAAGCCCAAGGAGUGGGCCUUGAUUCCACUGGUUAUUAUGACCAAGAAAUUUAUGGUGGAAGUGAUAGCAGAUUCGCUGGAUAUGUAACAUCGAUUGCUGCAACUGAACUUGAAGAUGAUGACGAUGACUACUCAUCAUCUACAAGCUUGCUUGGUCAGAAGAAGCCCGGAUAUCAUGCCCCCGUGGCAUUGCUUAAUGAUAUACCACAGUCAACAGAACAGUAUGACCCAUUUGCUGAGCAUCGUCCUCCAAAGAUUGCAGACCGGGAAGAUGAAUACAAAAAGCAUAGGCGGACCAUGAUAAUUUCCCCAGAGCGUCUUGAUCCUUUUGCAGAUGGAGGGAAGACCCCUGACCCUAAAAUGAAUGCUAGAACCUACAUGGAUGUUAUGCGAGAACAACAUUUGACUAAGGAAGAGAGAGAAAUUAGGCAACAACUAGCAGAAAAAGCUAAAGCUGGAGAACUAAAAGUCGUCAACGGAGCAGCAGCAUCCCAGCCUCCCUCAAAACGAAAACGGCGCUGGGAUCAAACCGCUGACCAAACUCCUGGUGCCACUCCCAAAAAGCUAUCAAGUUGGGAUCAGGCAGAGACCCCUGGGCAUACCCCUUCUUUAAGAUGGGAUGAGACACCGGGUCGUGCAAAAGGAAGUGAAACACCUGGAGCAACCCCAGGCUCAAAAAUAUGGGAUCCUACACCUAGUCACACACCAGCGGGAGCCGCCACUCCUGGACGAGGGGAUACGCCAGGCCAUGCAACCCCAGGCCAUGGUGGUGCAACUUCCAGUGCUCGCAAAAACAGAUGGGAUGAGACCCCCAAAACAGAAAGAGAUACUCCUGGGCAUGGAAGUGGAUGGGCUGAGACUCCUCGGACAGAUCGAGGUGGAGACUCUAUUGGUGAAACACCAACUCCUGGAGCAAGUAAAAGAAAGUCUCGUUGGGAUGAAACGCCAGCUAGUCAAAUGGGUGGAAGCACUCCUGUUCUGACUCCAGGAAAAACACCAAUUGGCACACCGGCCAUGAACAUGGCUACACCCACUCCAGGUCACAUAAUGAGCAUGACUCCUGAGCAGCUUCAAGCUUGGCGGUGGGAGAGAGAAAUUGAUGAGCGAAACCGCCCACUUUCUGAUGAAGAAUUAGAUGCUAUGUUCCCAGAAGGAUAUAAGGUGCUCCCGCCUCCAGCCGGUUAUGUUCCUAUUCGAACUCCAGCUCGAAAGUUGACGGCAACUCCCACACCUUUGGGCGGGAUGACUGGUUUCCACAUGCAAACUGAAGACAGAACUAUGAAAAGUGUCAAUGACCAGCCAUCUGGGAAUCUUCCAUUUUUAAAACCUGAUGACAUUCAGUACUUUGAUAAACUAUUGGUUGAUGUAGAUGAAUCAACACUUAGUCCAGAAGAGCAAAAAGAAAGAAAAAUAAUGAAGUUGCUUUUAAAAAUUAAGAAUGGUACACCUCCAAUGAGAAAGGCUGCCUUACGUCAGAUCACUGAUAAAGCUCGAGAAUUUGGAGCUGGACCACUGUUUAACCAGAUUCUUCCUCUGUUGAUGUCCCCUACACUUGAGGAUCAAGAGCGACACUUACUUGUGAAAGUUAUUGAUAGAAUAUUGUAUAAACUUGAUGACUUGGUGCGGCCCUAUGUGCACAAGAUUCUCGUGGUUAUCGAGCCACUGUUGAUUGAUGAAGAUUACUAUGCUAGAGUGGAAGGCCGAGAGAUUAUUUCUAAUUUGGCAAAGGCUGCUGGUCUGGCUACUAUGAUUUCUACCAUGAGACCGGAUAUAGAUAACAUGGAUGAAUAUGUCCGAAACACAACAGCUAGAGCUUUUGCUGUCGUAGCCUCUGCCCUGGGCAUUCCUUCUUUAUUGCCUUUCUUAAAAGCUGUGUGCAAAAGCAAGAAAUCUUGGCAAGCAAGGCACACUGGUAUUAAGAUUGUACAGCAGAUAGCCAUUCUCAUGGGCUGUGCUAUCUUGCCACAUCUCAGAAGUUUAGUUGAAAUCAUUGAACAUGGUCUCGUGGAUGAGCAGCAGAAAGUGCGGACUAUCAGUGCUCUGGCCAUUGCUGCUUUGGCUGAGGCAGCAACUCCUUAUGGUAUUGAGUCUUUUGAUUCUGUGCUCAAGCCCCUAUGGAAGGGUAUCCGCCAACAUAGAGGAAAGGGUCUGGCUGCUUUCUUGAAGGCUAUUGGGUAUCUUAUUCCUCUUAUGGAUGCAGAGUAUGCCAACUACUAUACUAGAGAAGUGAUGUUAAUCCUUAUUCGAGAAUUCCAGUCCCCUGAUGAAGAAAUGAAGAAAAUUGUUUUGAAGGUGGUGAAACAGUGUUGUGGAACUGAUGGUGUAGAAGCGAACUACAUCAAAACAGAGAUUCUUCCACCUUUCUUUAAACACUUCUGGCAACACAGAAUGGCUUUGGAUAGAAGAAAUUACCGACAGUUAGUCGACACAACUGUGGAGUUGGCAAACAAAGUAGGUGCAGCAGAGAUCAUAUCUAGGAUUGUUGAUGAUCUGAAGGAUGAAGCUGAGCAGUACAGGAAAAUGGUGAUGGAAACAAUUGAGAAAAUUAUGGGCAAUCUAGGUGCAGCAGAUAUUGACCACAAACUCGAGGAACAGCUGAUUGAUGGUAUUCUCUAUGCUUUCCAAGAACAGACUACAGAGGAUUCAGUAAUGUUGAAUGGUUUUGGCACAGUAGUUAAUGCUCUUGGCAAACGAGUCAAACCAUACUUGCCUCAGAUCUGUGGUACAGUUUUGUGGCGUUUAAAUAAUAAAUCAGCAAAAGUUAGGCAACAAGCAGCUGAUUUGAUUUCUCGAACUGCUGUUGUUAUGAAGACUUGUCAAGAGGAAAAACUGAUGGGGCACUUGGGUGUGGUGCUGUAUGAAUAUUUGGGUGAAGAAUACCCUGAAGUAUUGGGCAGCAUUCUCGGAGCACUGAAGGCUAUUGUAAACGUAAUAGGUAUGCAUAAGAUGACACCACCGAUUAAAGAUCUCCUGCCUAGACUCACCCCCAUCUUAAAGAACAGACAUGAAAAAGUACAAGAGAAUUGUAUUGAUCUUGUUGGACGCAUUGCUGACAGGGGAGCUGAAUAUGUAUCUGCAAGAGAGUGGAUGAGGAUUUGCUUUGAGCUUUUAGAGCUCUUAAAAGCUCACAAAAAAGCUAUUCGAAGAGCUACCGUCAAUACAUUUGGUUAUAUUGCAAAGGCUAUUGGCCCUCAUGAUGUAUUGGCUACACUUUUAAACAACCUCAAAGUUCAGGAAAGGCAGAACAGAGUUUGUACGACAGUAGCAAUAGCCAUUGUUGCUGAAACAUGUUCACCCUUCACAGUACUGCCUGCCUUAAUGAAUGAAUACAGAGUUCCUGAACUUAAUGUUCAAAAUGGAGUGUUAAAAUCACUCUCCUUCUUGUUUGAGUAUAUUGGUGAAAUGGGAAAAGACUACAUCUAUGCUGUAACGCCUUUACUUGAGGAUGCAUUAAUGGAUAGGGACCUUGUACACAGACAGACAGCUAGUGCAGUGGUACAACACAUGUCACUUGGUGUUUAUGGAUUUGGCUGUGAAGAUUCUCUGAAUCACUUACUGAACUACGUGUGGCCUAAUGUGUUUGAGACAUCUCCCCAUGUAAUCCAGGCAGUUAUGGGAGCUCUGGAGGGCCUGAGGGUUGCUAUUGGACCAUGCAGAAUGUUGCAGUAUUGCUUACAGGGUCUGUUUCACCCAGCUCGGAAAGUCAGGGAUGUGUAUUGGAAAAUUUACAACUCCAUCUACAUUGGCUCGCAGGAUGCUCUCAUAGCACAUUACCCAAGAAUCUACAAUGAUGAUAAGAACACCUAUAUUCGUUACGAACUUGACUAUAUCUUGUAACUUUGUGUCUAAUACAGCUGUUUCACACCUUAAACUUGCUUCGAUCUGAUGAUAUAAACUUGUAAAACAUUGCAGAUCAGUGUAGAACUGGUCAUAGUGAAGAGGGUAGAAAUCCAGUAGCAUGAUUUUUAAAUAACUUUUGUUUUUUGAUGUUAAACAGUAAAUGCCAGUAGUGACCAAGGACAGUGAUUAUACACAUUAUUCUGGAGGGAUAUCAUUUUUUUAUUCAUCUUUAUGAAGAUUUAGAAUUCAUUCCUUGUGUUUAAAAGGAAUGUUUAAUUGAGAAAUAAACAUUCGUGUACAAAAAUGCUAA